AUGGACGCCUGGGAGCUAGGCCCUCCUGUGAAACCGUCGGCUAAGCGUGUUGCUCUGGGGACCGAGAGGGACAUGGCAAAGGCUGUGCAUCCCAUUGCCAGGUUGUGCGUCAAGAACUUCGAAGUAAGAGAACUCCAGGCUGCCUGCUUUGUGACGUUCAUCCUCCCCAAAUCCUGCCCCUACGUCCAAGCCGUGUUCAAUGCCACGAAGCAUCAUGCGGAGAAGGCCAAGAGCGCGCAGUCGGGCAAGUGUGAACGCCCGCAAGGAGAGCCCCACGUACAUGCUUGGGCAGGGUUGUUGAGGGUGGCAUUGAAAGAUGAGGCCCUCAACUCUUAUGACCGGCAGGCCAUCGAGCAGCAUCGUGCAGUGUCGACGGACCCGCUUGUCAUGUCCGGUAUCGUAUAUGUGUGCAAAGUCCGCAAAGCUUUUGACCGAGACAGCAUGAAGAUGUUUUUCUCGGUGCAUCGUGAUGCAAAGCCCUCGCUGGCGGCCUUGACAAAGGGAGUGAUCCAUGCCGGUGGCAAACUCAAGCGAGGGCAGGCCCCACGAAGCGGGCUGGAGAGGGAGGUUCAAGAAGCGGUAGACCACUUGACUGAGAUCUUGGGGAGCAAUUGA